AUGGACGCGGAGACGCAAAGCCUGGAAGGGCUUGCGCAACAACUAGUUGUCCGCCUGAGAGGCGAGCAAGCCCCGACCGGUACUGCUCGCCGCGUACUUGCUCGGAUAAAGAACGACACUGGUACAACCUCGCGACAGGAAUGGCCAGAAGUCCGCGCUAAGCUGAAGGGACUGAUCAAAACGUCGCGCAUCAAAGUAGACGAUGACAUAGCCGACGCGUACGAGAAGGCACUCUCAAGCCUCGAGGAACAUCGACGGAUAGGAGGAACGGCAUGGGACGAGAGCUUACCGGUCAACGCCAGUAACCUUCCGCAACACGUCCAAUUUCUUGUAAGCUUAAGCACCAAAUGCCCGCUGAAUUCCCAGAUCGGAAUGUCUCGUCCUACUUCGGACAGGACCAGAGAAAUAGCUGCAGCCUACCUCAUCCGACCAGCUCGUCUACCCAAGUCCGAACUCCGAUUAUACCGGGAUAUCAUGUCUGAGCCGUUUACCGGUGAACAUUGGGGCCCGGGGUGGGACGAAGAAGUACACGAAGGGUGGACCGACAGCGAGGACUCAGCCUCCGUGACCUCGAGUGAGGAUGAGGUCGUAACGCCUCUCCCGGUCCAGCCACGAUACAAGAGCUCAGCAGAGCUCGCUAGAGAGGCGGAGGCCAGAAAGAGGGAAGAGGAGCAACAACGGCUGUUGGUGUCCAAACUAGCUCUUCGUGAGUUGGACCAGGGGGCCUAUUGGAAGUCGGGUGUGCCGACCUUGGCGUCGCCUGCCCUUUCUCAGGCUCCUAGACGAGCCAUUUCGGCCAGCCAGUUCCAGCCCGACCAUCCGGAUGUCGAGGCAUUCUCCCCAGUCGCGCUUCAUGCUCUGCUCCGCGAGUUUGCGUUGCAAGCGAUCAAGACCGCGCGACUCCGCGCUUUCAUUUCGGAAACACUCUCCAUUGCGCAUCCGUCGAAUCCUCAUCAGCCGUCGCGGACGUCGGAAACCCGUGAGGCGUUCGCCGAAGCGUGUCGCACAGUGCUCCAUGAGAUAGGCAUGUGGGUGGCAGACGCAGAAGCAGGAUUCCUUGGGGCUGAGCCAGUGUCGAGUACGUCGACACCGCUCCAACUGUCUCAUGACUUCACCAAGAGGUUCGGCGAGCUUAUGGAGCAUCUGCGAGACUUCAUUCACUUUGCAUCCUCAGCUAAUGGCCUUUUGGAUGCCAUUUUCAGUGCCAUUGUCUCUCCGACGACCGGGUCCGUGCGUUCUGCUUUGAUCAAGCUGUUCAUCCAGACCGCAACCCCAAUGUGGCGUUUGCUCGGCGAUUGGAUCAUGCUUGGGAUGCCCGUGCCGACAAGCCUCCUCACCUGUGACGUUGACUUGGCCCUGCAAGAAGCCGACGACGAACGUCUGCUCAGCCCCGAAUUCUUCAUUCAGCGUGACAGAGAUUCGGCAUGGUCCGAUGAAGACUUCUGGGAAGUCGGGUACGUCAUUCCAGACCACGGUUGGCCGCAGUGGCUUGAGGGCGCGCAGGAAACGGUGAUGGAAGGAGGCAAGGCAAGAGGUCUGUUAUUGAGCUUGACCCGGGAUGCCAAGACGAUGGGUAACUGGGCUGAUCUUGCAACUAUCAUCAGCCCGGACACACAGGACAUUAGCCACACUCUUGUUUCCUAUGUGGAACCGUUCUGCAACCAGUCUCAGACGUUACUGUCGGAGAUUCUGGGUCGAGACUGCGCUUUGCAGGGACACCUCCGAGCGAUCGAUGGCCUGACCUUGAUGCAGGCACCCGUCGUCAUCGAGCAGUGGGCAGAAUGGCUCUUCAGCGCUAUGAAGAACGGCAAGCCAUGGGCUGACUUUCAACUUCUCACGUACUCGCUGCGCGACGCUAUCGAACAGCAAGGAGCGACCUGGAUGAACGCUCCUGCCGUGCGGGCUCGCGCUGUCCGUGGCCAUGGACGUGCAACACUUGGUGACAUCCGAGUCGAUUAUUUGGUCCCCUUCCCUCUGUCACAGCUAUUCACACCGACCUCGAUGGACAUGCGCUCCGAAGUUUUCACCUUCCUGCUCAGGUUGCUCCGAGGGAAAAAGCAACUACUGGAAGCUCGACAGCUCGCCGAAGCACAGGCUGGAGGACGGAAAGAUGAGCUGCGCAUGAUGCGCAGGCUACGGCACGCGCUGUCUUGGGUUCUGGAAAAGACAUCGACAAGCUCUGAACGAGAAUACGUCUUUCCAGCGUCUCAUAAAUCUCGAACUGGAACAACCUCAACCACUUUGGAAACUAUCGAGGCUCUUCUUGACUUGGCCAAGAAUCUGCGCCACGUCGCAGGAUCAACGUUCGGUGUAGCGCAAGCCGCCCCUCCCGUUCCCUGCCGCCGUAGGCGGCCCACCCUCGAUUCGGACGACUCCGAUGACGAAAUUGCGGAGGUGAAAGAAGCUUCGGUGUCUGCUCAUCCGGAUGCGGGGAUGGCGACUCUUGAGAAGAUGAGAGAGGAGCUCAAUUAUCAAGUAAGAGCAUUCACUCGUGAGAUAGACAAACUUGCCAGCGAGGGUGGCAUAGAGGCUGCGGAUGAUCGCUUCACGUGGGGGAUGCUCUCAUUUUCCCUCUCGGACUGGAGGGAGAUAAUGUGA